AUGGAGGCAUCGACAUACCCCACCGUCAUGAUUAGCAGCGAGUCAAGUGACGAGGAGCUCGCCACGCUGCACCAAGCAGCCGUGGCGGCCGUCAAGCCUGUGCGCAAGGUCAAAGUCAAGAAAGCCAACAAAGUUGCAGCUGAACCAUCAAUUGACGCCACCGCCGAUAGUACGGGAAAGAAACGCCCCUUGGACGACUCGACUGACCCAGAGGAGGCCCAGAGACUCAAGCGCGAGGCCCGUAAGAAGCGCAAAGCUGAGGAGAAAGCAGCCCGUCAAGUAGCAGAGAAGAAGCAGCAACAGGAUCAAUUGGACAAUGAGCGAGCAGCCAAAGGACGCGCGUACACUUUGAGCAUGGCCAUCCCUGGUUCCAUCCUGGACAAUGCUCAGACCAAGGAGCUGAAAACGUAUUUAGCCGGUCAAGUAGCUCGUGCCGCCGUGAUCUUCCAAGUGGACGAGAUCGUCGUAUUCGACGAUCAAUUGGGCAAUAAUGUGAGCACUGGCGCUCCGAAGAAGCGUACGCACGACUGCCACGUCUUCAUGGCCAGAAUUCUGCAGUACCUCGAGACUCCGCAAUAUUUACGCCGUGCAUUGUUCCCCAUGCACACGGAUCUCAGCUGUGCCGGCCUGUUGAACCCUUUGGAUUGCCCGCACCACUUGCGAGCUCAGGAGUGGAGCGUGUACCGUGAAGGUGUGGUGACGGAUAGACCGCUGAAGGACAAGGAAGGGUCACACGUGUACGUCGGUCUGCAGCGAGAAGUGGUGGUGGACAAGCGCAUCCAGCCUGGUAUUCGUGUCACGGUGAAGAUUGACGAGGCAUCCAAAGACUUUAAGAAGAAGAGUAAGUGCUGCGUGUUGCAACAUUUCCAGCUCAUUGACUAA